AUGCUUUCGCCUCGAAAUGCCGGGUCCAAUGGGGUAGGGGGAGGGGCAGGGGGAGAAGGGGAGUACGGAGCGGGACAGCAGAGGCGGCGGGCGGGGAGCCGGCCGUUAAUUCGCGUGAAUGAGGGGCAGCAGAUGGCGGCGCAGGUGCUGGACGCGGACGAGUACCCUGACCAGUACCCCGAGGAGUACGCGCACGAGUAUCCCGAGGAGUACGCGCAGGAAUACCCCCACGACUACCUUGACGCCAACGACUUCGCUUCCGACUAUUUAUCGCAGCGAGGGGCCGCGCGACGCGCCUCCGCCCCGUCGCCGUCCGCCGCGGGGUACCAGGCAACUGGCUUGAGCACGUCGCCGCUGCGCUCCAGCAUGGGCGCGGCGCUGGGUGCGGGGAUGAGCUCGGGGCACGUGCGGUCGGAUGCCAUUGGGGAUAGCGAGGCGGACAGAGGGCGCCACGAGCGGGGCGACCCGCGACGAGGUGGCGAGGCGAAACAAGUGCGCAAGGUGCGAAGUAGGGCAGUGGGUGGGGAGCCGUCAUGUAGCCCACGGCGGUGCCUCAUCGGGCGCAACGCGCUGCAUGGACGCGUGAAGCCAAGCACCCGCCCGCCUGUGCCUCGCGUCCUUUGCGUCUCCCCCACCUCCCUCGCAACCCCUCCGUUCCCCUCUCCUGCUUGCCCCGUCGCGCAGUUCUCGUCGCUACCCAACUAUGCGGGCGGCACUGACGGCGCCGCGCACUCACCGCAAGAGGUGAUGAGUCCCCGCCGCGUGCCCAAGCCCGCCCGCCCCGCCAUGCUCUCGGGCAUGGGCAUGGGGGGGGCGCCGACGGGCAGCUAUCAGGCGUCGUCGCGCGGCGAGGCGGAGGUGCUGCGCGGCGUGCUGGCGCUGCUGGAGGCGGUGCGGGACGACGACGUGGCGCGCGUCAACCGCAUCCUGCAGGACGCGCCGUCGCGCACCGCGCUGCUGCACUGCGCGCACCCUGGUACGCCGCGUCUCUCAUCCCCCAUCCUCAACGUACCCUGCCUUACUUUUCCCUCCUCACUGUUACCCUCCCUUUCUGCUCUUUUCGCACAUGUUAUCCACCAUUCGCUCCCCCCUCCUCCACGACUCGUCUACCUCGCUGCGUCUCCUCAUUCGCGUCCCACGUGCCUGGCCCAUUCCCCACGCCAUGCCCCCCGUGCAGGCACGGGGCGGGCGGCGCUGCACGAGGCGGUGGUGGCGGGCAGCGUGGACGCCGCUGCUGCGCUGCUGGAGUGGGGGGCCGACCCCGAUGGCGGGCACGCGUCGCAGAUGCCGCCCAUACUGCUGGCGGUGCAGGCGGGCAGUGAGAAGGCGGUGACGCUGCUGCUGUCACACGGCGCCGACAUCAACGCUCACGACGCGCAGCUCUGCACCGCGCUGCACUACGCAUGCGCUGACGCCCACCGGUACCCCUCCUCCACCUCCCCCCUCGCCACACCCUGUCCCAUCUCAUCAGUCCCAUCCUGCCUCUCACCCCUUUGCCACCUCUCCAUCUCUGAUGCUCCGGUCCUUGCUCCCACCUGCUGCUUCUGCCCACCCUUUUCUGGCGGCAGGGGCAUGAUAAAGCUGCUGCUGGUGGCGGGCGCCAACAUGUAUGCGCGCAACAGCGACGGGCUGCUGCCGCAGCAGCUGGCGUCCACGGACCGCAUCCGAGCGCUCUUCUCCAAGCUGCACGACUACCACCACCGCCACGGCCUCCUGCCCCCCCAUGCUCACCUCGCCUCCUCCGCCACGCCCGCUGCUGCCAUGGCCGCGUCCCCCCCUGCCAGCCCUGGCGGCAUGGACCGGCGCAGCCCGCAUGAGGGGGGGCUGCUGGGGGACGACUCGUGGGACGACCAAGGCGUAAACGGUGUGGCGUCGCACCGAGUGGCGUCCCCACGCGCCGGCAUGGCGCGCAUGAGGGCCGCCGCCUCCGCUGCUGUCGAGGCCGCCACUGGGGGCGGCGCGGGCAGCAUGCGCGGGCGCUUGGCGGGCGACCGGUGGGGGGGGCGCGGGGAUGAGUGGGGCAGCGGGGGGGGCAGUGAGAAGGAGGCACGGCGGGGGGGACGAGGGGAGGAGGGGUAUGAGAGUCCACAGGAGAUGGUGGAGAGCAACGAGCAGAUCUUCCAGCAGGCGUGGGAGAACGACCGCCACGACGACUCGCCCGCUCUCCCCUGGCCCUCGCCCUCGCCCCCCGCCUCCUCGCCUGCCGCCCCCUCCGCCACCACCCCGCCCAGCAGUAGCAGCAGCACGGGUGGGAGGGGCGGAGGCGCGGAAGGGGAGGAAGCAGCGCCGACGGCAGCGGUGGCGCGGCGGCAGGUGCAGAUGCACGUGAGGGACGCGGCACGCACGCUGUCGGUGGAGUCGGGGGGCGCGCACUACCAGCGCCGCAUCGUGGCGGCAGCAGGGGACGCCAGCAGCAUGUCGGACGCCGAGGGUGGCUCUGGCCCCCGCACCCGCCACGCCCCCGCUGCCGCCUCCCUCAGCGCCGGCGCCCGCGGCGAGGUGUCCCGCCUCGCCCGCCCCCGCAACUUUGCAGACUUCCGCGCGGAGCGACUUGUGGGUGGCGGGGCAGGGGGCGCCGGGGGAGGGGGACCCAGCACCCCCAGGGGCGGGGCAGGGACGCCAAGAGGAGGGGAGGGGGGCGGGAGGGCAGGAGGGGGGGGAGGAGCCGGGGGGGCAUCCACGCCCAGGAGGGUGGGCGCUGAGCGAGUGGGGUCGGAUGAUGACGUGGAGGAGAGGGCGGCAGGGGGAGGGGGAGGGGGAGGGGGAGGGGGGGGGGGGAGGGCAGCGAGAGAAGGGGAUGGGAGGGCGCGUGGGGCCGGGGGGCAGUGGCGUGGAGAGGCGGGGGGCGUCCACCCCGCGGGCCGUGCGCGACAACCCCUAUGCCUCCUGGAACGGCGGCGCCCUGCCAGACAGAGGCUCCCUGGCGGACAGGAGCGGGGGGGGGCGCGGGCAGUGGCGGGGACAGGCAGCCACACCGGUCACGAGGUGGUGAGCCGGCGGUCGCGCGCCAUCAAGGCUGCAGCGGGGGGCGGCCCCUCCACGCCCUCGCGCUCCCCUCCCCCCUCCGACUUCUCCCGUCGCUUCUCCUCGCUGCGCGUGGCUGAUGGCGCCGGGCAGCGCGCCGGCAGCCCCGGCAGCAGUGCGGGCGGCGAGGAGGAUUCGGGCAGGCGCGGGGGCGCAGGCAGUGCAGGCAGUGCGAGGCCGAGGAGUCCGCUGAGGGGCGCACAGGCAGCGCCAUGUGACGACGACAGCAGCCCGCGCACCCCCACCGGUGGGCCGGCUCCCCCAUCGGGUGCAACGGCUGGGGGAGGAGGCGGCAGCAUCAGUGGCGGCGGCGGGGGCGACCGCGACCGCGACCGGGGCAGACCCGGGAGCAGUGGCUUGGACGAGGGAGGUGCGAGCGAGGGCAGGGGGAAAGGCAAGGACGCAAGCGAGAGGGCUGAGAGAAAGGAGCGCAGCGAUCGCAAGUGCCAGUCGUUUGUGCCGCCGUCGUCAGCUGGUGCUGGCAGGAAGAUGGGUGCGGCAUCGGUGUCCGAGGAGGACCUGAAGCUCAUCCGCGCCGACUGGCGGGAUGACGCUGCCAGGAACGGGUGUGUGGCGUGCGGGCAGGUGCAGUGCGAGUGCAAGACCCGGCCCGAGAACAGAGGUGCUGCGCCGAAGUCAGGCAUGGGGGAUGAUGUAAAGGCGGGAGGGAGCAAGGAGGGCAAGGAGAAAGGCGGGGGGAAGGAGCAGGAGAAGCAGGAUAAGGCGGGGCAGAAAGAGGCAGGGGGGCAGGGUGGGGAGGAGGAGGAGGACGAGGCGUUGCCGGAGGAGCUGCUGCAGGACGACCCCGAGGUGUCCCCGCUGGGCACCAUGAAGUGGAAGCGCGGCGAACUGCUGGGUGAAGGCGCGUACGGCAAGGUGUUUCUGGGGCUGAACGAGCGCACGGGCGAGCUGAUGGCGGUGAAGCAGAUGAAGAUCAACGCGGGCGACGAGCGCGCCAUGCACAUCGCAGCCUUGGAGCGCGAGAUCGUGCUGUACCGCCGCAUGCGGCACCGCCACAUAGUGGGGUACAUCGACAUGGAGAAGGACCCCUCCGACGGCUCCAUCUACAUCUUCCUCGAAUUCGUCUCCGGCGGCUCCAUCCACAGCAUGUUGGAGAAGUUUGGCAAGUUCAGCGAGUCGCUGGUGCGCGUGUACACGCGCCAGCUGCUGCUGGGCUUGGAGUAUCUGCACCGCUGCAAGAUCAUCCACCGCGACAUCAAGGGCGGCAACGUGCUCGUGGACCGCGAUGGGGUCAUCAAGCUCGCUGACUUUGGGGCCUCCAAGGCGUUUCAGGAGGGGACGGUGGGCGAGGGGUGCAAGUCGAUCCGCGGGUCGGUGUUCUGGAUGGCACCCGAGGUGAUCACGGGUGCGGGGUACGGCCGCAAGGCAGACAUCUGGAGCCUCGGCUGCACCGUCAUUGAGAUGCUCACCGGCAGCCACCCAUGGCCGGGCAUGGACAACACGUGGUCGGCCAUAUUCCACAUAGCCAAGACCACCACGGGCCCGCCCACCCCCGAGGAGAGCAGUGAGGAGGGCCGUGACUUCCUCGCUGCCUGCUUCCAGCUCGACCCCGCCCUCCGCCCCUCCGCCGCCCAGGUCAGUGCCUCUGCUGCCCAGGUGGGUGCUUCUGUUACUCGGGUGUGCCUUGCACCUGAAAGGCGUUAG